CGCUAAUUAAAUGGGCGAAUGUGUUGACGUAAUCGCAUUUUGAAGCAUUGAAACGCCAUAUCAUUAAUGCAUUGAAUGUCCACUCAAUCACUGAAUCGCUUCAAUACUAACCAUUCAAUCAAUUGAAGUCCAAUUGAAACGCAUUCCUAAGCAUUGGUUUGUGUUUGCAUUGCAUUAGUAUUGAAUCGCAAGUGCUUUGAGUGGCAGUAGUCGUGGACAACACCGCAAUGGCAGCGAUAGUGAUGACUGAGUCGGACAUUCAAUAUGUUUCUCAUGCGAUGGACAAAGAGCUGAUCCAAUCGCCGAAACCCAAGCGAAAGCGUCAACGACUGGACCACUUGUCUAACGAAGAGAAACUGAUGAGAAGGAAACUGAAGAACCGAAUGGCGGCCCAAAGCGCUCGCGACCGCAAGAAGGUUAAGAUGCAUCACUUGGAGAGGGAGGCCAUGGUUCUGGUCAAACAGAGAAACGCAUUACUCAUACAAAACGAGAAACUCGUGAAAAGCAAU